GCGUGACCUUUUUUUAUUCGCUCCACCUCUCCUGCGAGCAGUUCAGGCUAGUUCUCAACUGCCUGUGAAAACAUCACACGUCUUGCUGUCGAGUGGCGAAACGACACCGCAGAACAGUAUAAUAGUGCCGUCUUUCAGGUUGGAUUGCAGUUUGCAGCGUGCUCUUGCGGAGCAAAGGCCUCUGUGUAGAUCUACCCUUCAAUCAAGGACAUACCAGUCUGUGAAUGCAAUGCAAACUGUUUGAGUAUCCAGCAUAGUGACUGUGCGUGCGUGCUCCGCUUGUGAGCGAUUAGCUGUGGAGAGCUGGCGACGGACAGCAGAAUCUUUUUCGCUUCCUGCCAGUAGCCACUGGCAAAACAGUUCAAAUUGCUGCCUUCACCCAUGCAACAUGGUAAGCGUGUGGGGCGAAGGGGAACGCCAGCAGUGCGCAGCUGCUCCGUCUCCGUCAUUACUAGUGACGACCCGUGGACGAUGUUACCGUUGUUCACACCUCCACGAUGAAAGGAGAUGGAGGAUGAGAUAUGAGCGCUCGCCGCUUGCUGCGAAGUCGGCGACAACAGCCGAAGCUGCGGGAGCAGUAGCAGUAACGACGCUUUCUACUAGUUCUAGUUGUUCGGCGACUACUGCUACUGGACGUGGCGAAUGGCGGAUGGCGAGGCGCAGAACGGACAAAGGACGUGGAUGGACCUUCGGCCGUCACUUCGUCCUGUUCGCCCUAGUUGCUCUCGCCAUUUUGGACUGCAAUUUGUCCAGCGCACUCAUCGACUUCGGAGAUCCGUUCGCUGAUGACCCACGCUUCGUAACACCGCUGCAAAAUAUCACCGUCCAGCUAGGCAGCCCGUUCAAGUUGAUAUGCAUUGCCAAUGCUGGUCCACUGCCACAGAUGCUGAUGCACCACAAUGGCAUGCCACUGAGCACGUCAUUCGCGCCUGAUCAGAAUUCGAAAAGCAACUACGACGAACUAGGAUUGGAAUUUGCGGUGGAAGUGGCGGAAAUCAAGCAUUCUGGUGUGUACCGAUGUCAAGUUCAGAGUUCGAAAGGACAUGUUGCUACCACGACAUCCUAUGUCAAAGUUACAGGAGAAGGAAAGCCUGUCCUGCGUGCCAUCAACAACCAGGUGAUCACAGAGGGCGCUCCCGUCAAACUGCAGUGCAUAGCCGAUGGGCUGCCUCGGCCGAUCAUCGAGUGGACUGUGCCAGACCACGUCGUCGUCGGCCAGGACAUCCAGAUCAACAACACGCAUGGUACCGUGAUCAUCAGCAGUGCCAAGCUUACGCACGAGGGCUCCUACCGGUGUCAGGCGACGAAUCGAUACGGGGUCGCCAACCGCACCGUCAAGCUGACUGUCAUCGAUCACGAGGAGCCCCGCCAGCCAACUGUGCCAAGCCUUGCCCCAGAGCUCACCACCGAGCCACCACGGACUGUAAAGGUGACGAAAAAGGAGCCCAGCGGGGGCGGUAUGCUCCUGGGACUGACGGACGAGGUCCUCAUCAUAAUCAUUGCCUGCUCUGGGGCCGUUAUUGUCAUUGCCUGCGUCACCAUGCUCCUCUGCUACAUCACCAUGACGCGCCGCAGACGCGUGCACGCUCGCAAGCCGCCAGUGGCCAGUCCGCCGACGUCCCAGACGCACACGGACAGCACGACGAGUACAGGGGCCAUGGAGUCGCCAGUACAGACCCUGCACUAUGCCAGCGACCAUCAUCCUGGCAGGUCACCAAUACAGAUGCUGCACAACGGCAGCAGUGGACACCACCACCAUGUCUUUGUUUAGCAAGCAGCACAAGGAGCAGGCCAACAGCACCAGGAGCAGCAUCUGCUGUACUUCGAAGUACAUGAAGCGGUCAGCUGAUACGGACAUUGCUUUGUCCUAUGGUGAUAUGCAUGGUCCUUUGGUGAUAUGGUGACUGCGGCAUUGUACAAGACAAAGACAUGUUAUUGCUAGGCAGGUAUCGGUACACAGGCCAUCAUCAGUAUACACAUGUUCUUUCAUAGGACAAACUCAGUCAAAUACCAGCUGCAUAUGCCGCGAGUAGGAUACCGGCAUUUCAGAUCCCAGAUAAUAUUUUCGUCCCAUUUUCGUCGGAGACAAUUGAUUGCUUUGUGUUCCAGAAUGCUUCCCUAUUUAAUCCAUUCAGCCAAGUUGGCUAGAGAGUCUUCUCUUGACAAGUGCCUUGAGCGAUGAUGACGGCAGUCCUUUGAUGCACACAAUUCCUUUACCCCAUUAUAUACCUCGAACAAGAUAGUUUUGCGCAUUUUCCUUUUUUUGCCUUCCACAGCUGAAGAGCGGUAUAGCUGUUUCUUUGUUUGGUGAACACUAUUACUCUGAUAGUAGUAGCAAGAGUACCGUAUGUUCUCCCUGAGUAGCAGCAGUAGCAGUUGCCUAAAUCAGGUUGAUAUUGCCGUCCGCCCGCUCUAUUCUAGAUACACAGCCCCACCGGCACAUAUUCUAUCAGGACUACUUUGAGAACACACAAGAACAAGAUUAUUCAACUCUGGA